UCUACAUCAACAUUGAAUAAUACCGACAGUGAUAACGAUGAUGAAUUUACAACCGAAUUAUCGAAUUUUGAUUUAAUCACUAAUGAAACGGAUAUUCCUGAUAAUUAUACCGAAACUGUAGAACCAACUAAUGAAUUCAUAACAACUACAUUAGUACCUGAAACUAAUCGAACUGGACGUAUAUUUAGUCAUAAUGAAAAUAAUGAUAAUGUAGAUGGAGAAAUUAUUGAUGAACAUGAUAUGAUUCAUAAUGAGAAUAAUACAACAAUGUUCAAUGUAACAAAUGGAUCAAAUCAAAUAAUGGCCAUGAAUAAUGUAACCAAUUUACCAAUAUUUGAACCACCAUUGUGUUUGGAUGCACAAUUUCAAUGUCCAAAUACCACGUCAUCGGAAUGUUUGGAUAAAUCUCGUAUCUGUGAUGGAAUUGUAGAUUGUCCACAGGAUCUUUUUGAUGAAUUAGAUUGUAUGGAAAAAAAUUGUGGACAAAAUUUCCGUUGUGGUCGAACGAUACCACCGAUUUCUGAAUCAGAUUCGAAUGAAACUUUACCAUUGAAUAAUCAUUCAAUCGCAAUGGAUACAAUUUCAGUAAAAUCUAAACCAAACAUUUAUUGUAUACCACGAUCACAUUAUUGUGAUGGUAUUUGGGAUUGUCAUGAUGGUUCCGAUGAAAUCGAUUGUCAUAUCGAUAAAUGUGAAACUGGUAAAGUUUUAUGCCGUGAUAAUAGUGCCUGUAUAACGGGAAAACAAGCAUGUGAUGGUGUAUAUAAUUGUCGUGAUCGUUCUGAUGAAGCCGGUUGUGGCACUAAAUCCAGUUGUGAAUCUAAGGGCAAAUUUUACUGUGAUGAUAGUUCACUUUGUAUAAGCAAAUCAUUGGUAUGUGAUGGUAUUGCCGAUUGUCUUAAUGGUGACGAUGAAAAAGAUUGCCUAAAACCGGAAACCUGUCGAGCUGAAGAUUCGAAAUUUUUUUGCCAACAUUCAUCCGAAUGUAUUGAUCGUAGUAAACGUUGUGAUGGACAUGUUGAUUGUAUUGAUUAUUCCGAUGAGGAUCGUUGUUUCGAAUCCGAUUUGGAUGAUUAUGUUUAUGCAUUUAAUGGAGCAAAAAAUCAUUGGUCAUUAUUAUGUGUUAGUACAUUAUUCGAUUACGAUGAUGCUGAUGAAAUAUGUACAAAAAUGGGAAUGUCAUAUGCCGUUAAUUUUUCAACCAUAAAAAUUAGUCGUCUCUUGAAUGAUUCAACUUGGGCUAUUCUAUCGAAUUCAUCAUCAUCAUCAUCAUCGUCUUCAAAAAUUAUUUCAUUUGAAUCCAGCUGUUCCGAUAACCUGGCGCUUAUGAUUGAAUGUGAACAACUUCAUUGUGAUUCUCGUACACAAUUGAAAAAAACAAAUAUAGCCAUUGAAACGCCAGAAGAAAUUCCUACUCCAAUUUCUAUUCAUAAUUCCACCAAUCAUGUUCAAACAUGUCUUGCAUAUACAUUGUCACCGAAAUUGUUGCUCACAAGUGGGCAAUGUUUGAUGACUUUAGAAUUUACUAAACAAAAUCUCACUGUUAAUGUUGGUGGAAAAGAAAUGCCAAUCGAACGUGUACGUGUUCAUCCGAAAUAUUCAAAUUUUCGUACAAUCCGAUUUGCCGAUUAUGAUAUGGCAUUGAUUGAAACUAGUGAAUUAAUACCUGAACAUUCAUUAAAUCAUUCAUCAAUAUGUUUACCUAGUUCUAAACUGGAUCCAGAAAUAACAUGUUUUAUUGGAAAUUAUCGAAAUAGUGAUACAGCAUUCAAAGUUUUAGAAUCAUCCUAUUGUAAUACAACUGAACAUUUUGCUGGUUUAUUAACAAAUCGUCAUGUUUGUGCAGCUGAAGAUAGUGGCAAUAGUGCUAUCCAAUCAAAACCUGGUAUCUGUCUACCGCCAUAUUUACCAUUAAUAUGUUUAAGUAGUCAAUCACAUUGGUAUAUAGCUGGCUAUUCUUCCUAUCAACAUGGUUGUGAUCCAUUGACUGGUCAUCCAAUAUUUCGUGGUUAUUCACCACAUCCAACAUUGUUCUCGAAUCUAUUUUCAAUGCAUUCAUUCAUUGAUCAAACACUUGGUCGUGGAACAUAUCGUCGUAAGCGAUCAAAAUUGAACGAAAUAAACAAUAAUGAUAGACCGAAUAUUAGUGAACAACCGAGCAAUGCAAAUGAAGAAAAACGUGCAGUAUUCAUUGUUUCUGGAAGUGUAGAAGAUCAACAAUGGUUAUUGGAACAGGAUGCAAGAAAACAAAAAAGUUUCAAUAUCAACAAUACGAAUACGAUUAAUGAAGAUGAACAUACGACUCUUAAAACCGAUAUAACUGCAACCAAUUUAGUACAGAAUUCUACCGAUCAAUUGAAUGUUACAAAAAUUGAAACAACCACCAUAGAUAAUGAUGAUUUGAAUCUAACCAAUAUAACAUCAUCGAAUGAUACUGAAAAGGAAAUGAUUACAACAACUAUAAUACCAACUACUACUACAAUUGGUUCGUUAAAUUUUACAAAUGAAAUAGAUUUAUUUAUUGAUGAAAAUUCGACUGAAAAUUCAUCAUCAUUAUUAUUGAAAAAUUCAACAAAUGAUUUGUAUAAUCAACCAACGUUAUUAUCAAAUAUUGAUCAUUUUAUUGAAAAUAUAACAUCAUCAACAGCAACAAAUACGUCAAUAUUUUCAAUGGAAAUGAUUGAUAUUGAUCAUAUCAUAAAUGAAACAAUGUUAAACUUUGAUGAUGCUACAAUUGUACCCGAUGAACAGCUAGAUAAUAAUCAAUCAGAAACGACAACGACGACGACAAAAACAUUGGCAACAAUGAAUACAGUUAAUUCAAUGAUUGCAUCUUAUCAUACAGAUUUCCCAACAACAGAAAAUGAGUCCACUGAUCUGACAUCCAUUUCAAUGGCGGAUGAUUUAGAAAAUGAAAUGUAUGAUCAAAUGAAAUGAACUCGAAGAAUUGAAUUCAAGCUGAAUUUAUCGAUAUAAUCAUAAAUAAUAUAUAAACUUUUUUUCCAAAGGAAAAACAAAUUUGUGGCCAUAUUUUGCACUAAAUAGGAUUUUAUUUCCAUUUUCUCCCUCUUUUCAUUUUUUUUUUGUUCAUUCAUCAUUGAUGAAUGAUCGAUUUUUUUUUUUUUAUAUUGCCUAAUUUAUGAUGUUUUUUUUCUUUCAUUUUGUUUUUCAAAGAUGGUGAUUUGAUGGAUAUUUUCACCACAGAAAAAAAAACAAAAUUCAAUUUUAGAUGAUGAUUACAAGCUCAUUUAGUAGUAGUAUAUACUCAUGAUGUUGUUUUUUUUUCUUCUCCUUCAUAUUUUUUUAUCAAUU